GCCCGCCAGGCAGGCACACUUUCUCCUCCUCCUCCUCCUUCUUCCUCCUCGGGGACGGCGGGAGGGGAGGGCUUCGCUGGAGCUCCUCAAGAAGCCGCCCGAGUUCCCGCCUCCUCUUCCUCCUCCUCCUGCUGGCCUUCCUCGCUCCUCUUCCCCCGCCAGCUGGAGCAGCUGGUGCCUUACGCGCGGCGGCGCCUCCUUCGCCAGGUUGCCUCUUCGGACGCAGAGAAGGAGGGAAGGAAUAAAGGAAGGAAGGAGGGAGACGCGGCAAGGCUGCUGUUCCUGCUGCUGCUGCUGCUGCUGCUGCUUCUCUCCCACGUCCUUCGCCUCCUUCCCCGUCGCUCCCUUCUUUCCUCGGUUUCCUUUUCUAAAAGGGAGGCAAAAGAAAACAGAGGCAGGAAGAGGCUGUGAAGAUAGCACUUAAGGUGAGAAGUAGAUCUUGCUAUGAAGAAAGAAAUCAGAGAUGACUGAUGUGGAGCCUGUGGUCACAGAUUUUGCCGCUUCGGGAAGGGCAGGCCGCCGAAACGCCUUGCCAGACAUUCUGGGUUCUUCUGCUGGGGCAGGAACGUCAGACUUACCACAUAAGUUAGCUGAGCUCUCCAUGUCGGAAGCUGAAGGAGCUGAAGGAGGAGAAGCAUCAUCGUCUGGCACUACAAUGGAAAAUCAAGAAACAGAAGGAAAGAGCAUGGAUUCCUAAUAUCUAUGAAAUCCUUGGUUUGCACUGAUCGUGAACAGAUGGCACUCCCAGUCUGUGCAAGAUACUGAAAUAUACCAUACGUGUAGCUGGGUGACAUGAAUAAGGAGCUAUUCAAAGACUUCAACAGUGUGACCUAGUUCAGCAAACAAGAAGGGGUUCUGUGUCUAAAUCCCAGCCAAUAUCUACAGAAUGCAUGUAAAGUUUUAGCACUGUUUUCUGUCCUGUAGUAAAAUCAUUGCCACCAUGUCCUUUUGGAUAAGGUAAAUAAUCAGAUACAACAAGAACGCUGCUGCUUGGUCAAUCUCUUGGGACCUUUUCAAAAUAUAAAUACAAUAAUUUCUUUGGGUGGGUUACAUAAAGAUCAUUAAGCUCUUAUCCAGAGUUGGCACAAUAUAUAGCAACACGAUGUAUGUUUGGUUCAACAAGCUGCAGUCACUUUGCUCAGUUAAGGCCAUUUAGAUGUGAGUAUAUGUGGCAAUAAAAGAGAAGUGAGCACAAUUCCUUGAAAAACUGUAUAUUUCAUAAUAGAGAAAAGUUUACAGAAUAACAGGACAGUGAUGCUGAAGAAGUGGGAAAUAGCCUUGAAAUUCAACACAUUAUAUGUUUAGAGCAGUACUAUCUGUACUAUUAGGUAAAGUGAAGCAGUUGUCUGGAAGAUGAUGGGUGCUGAGGCCAAAGUUGUGCCCUGCACUCCUUACAGUAGCUUAGUGCCCAAAUGUGCAGUAGACAAUGCCAUACCAUCACAAUUACUGAAGUAAAAUUCAUCUACCAAUUCAAUUAGCAUUUAUUAUCUAUAAAUAAUACAGAUAGCUAUCUUGUCCAUCUAGACCAGUGCUGUCUAGUAUUCAGAGUCUCUGGCAUGUAUCUUUAGCAGACGUGCUACAGGUAUGGGGACACUAGAAGAGCUGUCUGGUAGGUGUCCACAAUCCCCAUACAAUGAUGUUGCGCAAAGCAACAAGUUGAUGGGAAUCAAUCCUUUUUCUAGCAAGAGAAUUAAAGACUGACUAUCAAGACACUAUAGACAUCUGGAUUCCCCAUACCAACUGUACUUGUAUUGUGCUGUUAUCUGGAAGAGCCUUUCUUCAAUAAUUUUAAAGUUUUAUUUUCUCCUCUAUACUUAAUGCACAUCAAAGUUGAAGCUAUACAAAGCUCAGAAUAGUUCCAACAUUACAGGAUGCUUUGAUCUUUAAAAGGAUUGGAAUGUCAUCUGUCUAUAACCUCAAGAAACCCUUUUUGAGGUUUGAAUUCUAUCCAAAGAUGCACUGUGUGCAGGGAAAAAUGAAAAAUGAUAUUUCUUCUUUCAAAAUGUCAGGAAUCAUUGAUAGCACCUUGGAUUUUGAAAUCCUAUUGUGAGUGUAUACUAUGCUCCUCUUUCUUGAAUCUGCCUCUGUCAGUGAGCUUUGCACUCUACAUACCCAGAAGUUUCCAAAAUAAACUUAUGGCUUUUGUUAAUGACUUAAACCAUUACAUUAUUUUAGCAAAUGCAGUGAAAAUUCUCAUUAUUUCAUUUGGUCUUUGGUAUCUUUCAUCAGUACUGUCUUUAUCAAGAUACGUGACCCAAGCUUUUCAUUGAAGCUGACAGUGGAUUUAUUUUCUCUUAAUUGAUUUUAUUAAAAAUCAUCACUGUGGAAGCAUUUUUCUUGAUAUAUUUUUCCCAUAUCAAAUAAUUGGUCCAUGUUUUCUAAUAAAAGUUGUAUUGUUUAAAAUAAAAUAAUUUGUGUA